GGCUGGUGGUGCUGGCCAGCGCUCAGUGCCGGCGCUGCGUGCCGGCGGAGGGUCCUCGGGCGGAGGAGCCCAGCAGCCCCCAAAGAUGGUGGACCACCUCGCAAACACAGAGAUCAACAGCCAGCGCAUCGCAGCAGUGGAGAGCUGCUUCGGGGCGUCCGGACAGCCGCUUGCCCUGCCCGGCAGAGUGCUGCUGGGGGAGGGCGUGCUGACCAAGGAGUGCCGCAAGAAGGCCAAGCCCCGCAUCUUCUUCCUCUUCAACGACAUCCUGGUGUACGGCAGCAUAGUGCUGAGCAAGCGCAAAUACCGCAGCCAGCACAUCAUCCCUCUGGAGGAGGUGACCACGGAGCCGCUGCCUGAAACCCUGCAGGCCAAGAACCGCUGGAUGAUCAAGACCGCCAAGAAGUCGUUCGUGGUGUCGGCUGCCUCAUUGACGGAGCGCCAGGAGUGGAUCAGCCACAUAGAGGAGUGUGUGCGGCGGCAGCUGCUGGCCACGGGCCGCCAGCCGACCACGGAGCACGCGGCGCCCUGGAUCCCCGACAAGGCCACGGACAUCUGCAUGCGCUGCACGCAGACGCGUUUCUCGGCGCUCACUCGGCGCCACCACUGCCGCCAGUGCGGCUUCGUGGUGUGUGCCGAGUGCUCCCGGGAGCGCUUCCUGCUGCCACGCCUCUCGCCCAAGCCCCUGCGCGUCUGCACCCUGUGCUACCGCGAGCUGGCCGCCCAGAAGGGCAAGGAAGAGGAGGAGCAGGGCGGCGGGCCCCAGGGGCAGCUGGGCUGCCUGUCCGGGGCUGCCUUUGCAGCAUCCAGUGGGGACGACGACGACUCCGACGAGGACAGGGAGGGCAGCGGGGAUGGUGACUGGCCCAGCCACGUGGAGUUCUACACCUCAAGUGUCUCCUGGUCAUCCUUCCCCAGCUGACCCCAGGCCUGCAGGUCACGUGGUCAUCACAGCUGUGUUCCCAGAGCUGGCGGUGGCCUCCCAAGGACACUGCCCCACAGGGUGGGCACAGCGGGGCGCCUUCCUAACCUCUGCCCACCCCUAACCUGGGCCUUUACUGGAUAUCAGCACUCCUCUACCCCCCAUUCAAGUGGUCAUCUUUCCACUAGUGAACCCCAAACUCAAAGGCCUCUUAGAAAUAAAUGCCAUUUCUCGGCCCUGUUGCCUGUGGCUGAAGCUGAGGGUGACCCCUUGGAUCAGAUAACCCUGGGCAUACCAAGGGGGGGACAGGACUAGAAUGCAUGUCCCUGCAUGCUCUCUGAGGCCUCCUGAGCAUACCAGGCCCAACCGGAAGCCCUGGGGGCUCUAUGAAACCAAGGCCUGCCCUCCACCACUGCUCUGCCCUCUCCGUGCCGGGCCAGCCAGUACAGUCCUCACCCACAGCUACGUUGCUUGCUGUAGGUGCCCCCAGCCUAGGGUGCCUUCAAGACCCUGCCCAGUCUCUCGUCUCUCUCUCACAGCAGGCACAGUAGCAAUGCUUCCAGAUAGGACUCGUACGUGCAAGGGUCGGGAUGUGCCCUGCACCAGCUUCAUAAACCAGGACGCGUGCUGAGUGGCUUGGAGCUGCUGGUCAGGGGCUCAGCCAGGCAGUGUGUCCCUCGUCUCUCAGUUGCUGCUGCCCUUCAUGUUGCGUCUAUGUCACCCGUGUGAAUUCUGGACUUCACCCUGACCGUCUGAGCAGCAGGACCAGCGGGAAGCCAGCUCACCUGGCCCCUCCUGGGCUGCGACCUCAGAGCUGUGCUGUGCCUGGGUUAGGCUGUGAUUGUGGACUGGCCAGCCUGGGUCCUGGGCGCCCUGUGCACACCCUAUGGGAGAGAGGUCUCGGUAGUUAUGACUGCAAGUCUAGGGAUGGGUGCAGGGUGGCUCAGGGAUACCGCAUCGCCACAAGAGUCCUCUGAGGAUGUCGCCCAGGUGCCAUGGGCCUGUGGUGUUCCCUUUGGCCUGUGGUCUAAGCAACGGGAAAGGCAAUAAAGGAGACAGAGCCUA